CAGAUAUGGAGAUAUGGUGCCCAAGACAAUUGCAGGGAAGAUUUUUGGCUCCAUCUGCUCCCUGAGUGGUGUCCUGGUCAUUGCCCUGCCGGUCCCUGUGAUCGUUUCCAACUUCAGCCGGAUUUACCACCAGAAUCAGAGAGCCGAUAAACGCAGGGCACAAAAGAAGGCCCGCCUUGCCAGGAUCCGUGUGGCCAAGACAGGCAGCUCCAACGCCUACCUGCACAGCAAGCGCAACGGACUCCUCACGGAGGCCAUGGAGCUGAUGGGCACCCCAGAGGAGGGGCACGUGGGCAAGAGCACAUCACUCGCCGAGAGCCAGCACCACCACCUGCUGCACUGUCUAGAGAAAACCACUGGGUUGUCCUAUCUUGUGGAUGAUCCCCUGUUAUCUGUACGAACCUCCACCAUCAAGAACCACGAGUUCAUAGAUGAGCAGAUGUUUGAGCAGAACUGUAUGGAGAGCUCGAUGCAGAACUACCCGUCCACAAGAAGUCCCUCACUGUCCAGUCACCCGGGCCUCACUACCACCUGCUGCUCCCGUCGUAGUAAGAAGACCACGCACCUGCCCAACUCCAACCUGCCAGCCACUCGCCUGCGCAGCAUGCAAGAGCUCAGCACGAUCCACAUCCAGGGCAGUGAGCAGCCCUCCCUCACUACCAGUCGCUCCAGCCUUAAUUUGAAAGCAGACGACGGACUGAGACCAAACUGCAAAACAUCCCAGAUCACCACAGCCAUCAUCAGCAUCCCCACCCCCCCAGCGCGAACCCCAGAGGGGGAAAGUCGGCCACCCCCUGCCAGCCCCGGCCCCAACACGAACAUUCCUUCCGUAGCCAGCAAUGUCGUCAAGGUCUCCGCCUUGUAAAACCGCUGGACAGAGGGCCCGUGCGGGGAGUGGGAGUGAAGGGGGCUGGCAUGUGGGUGGCCACUGGCACCGCUCUCUCCCCUCCCUUCCCCACUUUCUGCCGGCCCCGUUGCACCCCUAGCACUGAGACUUGUGCCUGGAAGGAAAAGGAGGCAGCAAAGGGCACUUGAGGUUCACUGCUGCUGGCGUGGCCGUGGCCGUGGCAUCUCGCUGGGGCCAGAGGAAGGGAGGGGGGUGGGCGAUGGG